AUGAACAACAGUGGUAAUGAAAGUAUGUGUAAUUUAUUUAUGGGAGAACCAUUAGUAGAAUCAGGAGAAUCUCUUAGAGAAUGUCCUCAUUGUGGACGUGAUUUUUCUAAAUAUAGUAUGAUGCGUAAAGAAUGUCAUUUGGAAGCAUGUAUGAAUGCAUUAAAAGAACAUAAUAGUCAAAAACUUGAAAAGAUGAAAAACAAAACCCCAAAGAAAUAUGUACAAACAACACUGGAUUGUGCAGUACUAGGUAUUUCCUCUUCUCAAAAUGAUAAAAAUGUUUCGCGUAAAAAUCCGAAAACUCCAACACAAAAAUCAUCAAUGUAUUUUUUGAAUAAAGCUAAAAGUGAAAUUUCUAGCAGUAAAAAGAAAUAUCAGUCUUGUUUAUGCCCAUAUAGUAAAGAUCAUAUAAAAGAACGGAUUGCUGGAUUAUUUACUUCUAGUGAAAAUAUAAACAAAAAAAAUAUUGACUUUUCAAAUGAACCAUUUCUUUCUACUAAAAGGCUCCUUCACUAUGAAAUUUUAUCUCGUGACUUUCAAAAAUUAACAAAAAGAUGUCCUGGUGAUGUUACUAUAAAAGCAAAGAAUGGUACACUGAGGUGGCACAAAAUAAUUUUACAAAUGAGAACAAGAUUAAAUGUUAAUGAUACAAUUGAUUUAUCUGAUUUUGAAAAAGAAAGUUUAUUAGCGUACGAAAAAUAUAUAUAUGGUGGAGAAAUUAGAUAUUCACACCAUUUAUUAAAAGAUCUAAAAACUCUUUCUGAAAUGUAUGGACCAGAAAGUUUAGAAAACUAUUUAAAAAAUGAGUUUACUAUAAAUGAAGAGAACGAUAUUAAUGAAAAUUAUGAAGUCAAAAGAUAUAAUAAUGCAUUAGAAUUAGAUGGCAUAAAUGUUGCUGAAACAACAAAUAAGCCUUACAUUACAGAUAAAAAUAUUCCUCUAGAUUCAUUUAAUGAAACAAUGGAUUAUCAGAUAUUUGAUGCAGAAUUGAAUAAACAAGUAUCAAUCAAAUGUGACAAUAAAGAAAUCGAUAAUAAAUCUUCAUCAGAAAAGGAUAUAAUAAAAGAAAACGAUGUAUCAAACGAAAUUGUCAAUGAAACUAUUGAAUUCGAUACUAGUGAAAAUAUUAAUAUAUUAAAACAGACUGAUAUUCAAGAAGAUAAUUUAAUAAUCCAGCCGCAAAAUUGUGACGGCUCAUACGAUGAAGUGUCCCCAAACCAAACAAAUAAUACUUUUUCAGACUUUGAAAAUAGUAAUUUUGGUGUUAUUGUUUUCGAAGAUGAUGAAGAUGACAAUGAUGAAGUGAAGAGUAAAAUUGCAACACCACAAUCAAAAUUAGAAAAUAUAUCAGAAAAACAAGAUGAUAUAUUAGAUUAUAAUAUUAAUUCACCAGGGCAAUCUUACUUUGAUGAAUCAUUUUAUGGAAUUAUUGAAGGAGGUUAUUAUUCAAAUGACUCAAGAUGCGUGACGCCUGUAACAAAUAUCAAGGAACCAAUUAUUAGCAAAGAAAAGUCAUCGAUUUCAAAUAGAGAAGAAAAAUUAUCCAUUGAUUUAAAUAUUAAUAAAUCCAAAACAGAAAUAUAUAAAACACCAAAUAUUAAUAAAACAACUAAUGAUAAUCAUUUUAAAAUAGAUGGUAAAAUAAAAUCUAAAAAACAAAUGAUUGAAGAACAAUUGACUAAAUCAUCGCAACUAGUUAAAUAUACAGAUGUUACUCCACGACCAACUUAUGAACAGAUGUCGGAAGUUGAAUUGAAUAAAGAAUUAGCUAAAUAUGGUAUUGGAAAAUGUGGGAAAAAAAAAGCAAUAAUGACGUUAGACAAAAUUUAUAAUCAAUUGCACCCGAAAAUUGUUUUUGAAGAUAUUAAUGAAUCACCUAAAGGACGCAAAAGAAAAGCGCGUAGUAAUACAAAACUAUUUUCAUCCGAUAGCUAUGACAAUAUACUAUCUAUACAUGAUGAGGAUGAAACCAAUAAUUCUAUAAAUAGUUCAUUAUCAUCACAAGAUGAGAUAAAUAUUUUAGAGGAAAGUUGUAUUCAAUUUCAAAAUAGUCAAGGAAUAAAUGAUAGUACAGAAGAUAUAUCCAUACUUACAAAAGGAAAAAAACCUAAAGAAGUUUCAGAAUGGAGAAGUUUGUUUGUUAAUUUUAUCCGUUUACCAGAGAACAAAGUAACACUUAAUAGAAUAUUAUCAUAUUCAACAUUUGAGUUGUCAGAAAUUUACCAACUCGUAAAAUCAUCCACCCACUCUAUAAAAUUUAUUUCAAAAUCAAUGUUAAUUACCAUUUUGGAUGAACUUCAUAUUUCAUUCACACUUCCUAGUGAUGGUUGGGAUAGUAAAGCUAAAAAAAGGAAAAAAUAA